CUUAAAAAAAAAAAAAAAAAGCCACAGCAUUAUCAUCAAACAUUUUGGUCAUCAAUCGUUCAACCACAACCAACCUCCCAACAAAAGACUCCAAAAAAUUAAUAAUUUGUCGUCAUCCUGUUUUUCUCAAGGGAGUUCCACCUUGAACCAAAACCAAAGCCUACAAAAAGCUCACUUUCUCUUCUAUCUUCUACACUUCCAUUAACAAUGGCAGCUUCUUUAACAAUCUCAAGAUUACUGUCGCCAGCUUCUUUUUCCACCAUCAUCACCACCACCAAGCUUUCCCCUAAAUCCCUUUCUUCAAAACUCUUUAUUUCUCCGCAGUCCCCGAACCUCCACCUCCGCCCUUCAAAACCCAUUUCCUUUUCCACCAAAACAACACAGAUCUCCGCCGCAAUCUCUGUCGGAGACAAGCUUCCCGACGCAACCCUCUCCUACUUCGACUCCGCCGGAGAACUCCAAACCACCACAAUCUCCUCCCUAACCGCCGGAAAAAAGGCCGUCCUCUUCGCUGUCCCGGGUGCUUUCACUCCCACCUGUUCCCAAAAACACCUUCCUGGGUUCGUCGAAAAAUCAGGGGAACUCAAAGCCAAAGGGGUCGACACCAUCGCCUGCCUGUCGGUGAACGACGCGUUUGUGAUGCGAGCGUGGAAAGAGAAUCUGGGGAUUAAGGACGAGGUUCUCUUGUUGUCGGAUGGGAAUGGGGAGUUCACGAAGAAAAUUGGUUGUGAAUUAGAUUUGAGUGAUAAGCCCGUUGGACUUGGACUCCGGUCCAGAAGGUACGCGCUUUUGGCUGAAGAUGGGGUUGUAAAGGUUCUUAAUUUGGAGGAAGGUGGUGCUUUUACUUUCAGUGGGGCUGAAGACAUUCUCAAAGUGCUGUGAUUUUGGUGAGAUUGGACAUUGGCGACCUCUUUUUAUUCCUUUAAACUCCUUUGUUCGGUAGUUUUUGCUUUGUUAAUAAAAAUGAACGACUCUGAAAAUGUUUUAGAAGGAUACUUAUGACAGUUUCUAUGAAUUUUUUUGUCUUAUGCUAUGGGAUUUUUUUGGACUUUCAUUUUUCUUGGUGUAGCAGCCAGCAUUCUAGUUUUCUCUGUUUCAAAGGCCUUCUAAUUAGAAUCUUUGCUUAACCUUUGAUGAUGAAUUGAUAUGAGGUUUGUUCUUCCUGCAUUGUUGGUGUGAUGGAAUUUUACUCGGUCACUGAAUGUGAUAGGGAUUACCCUGUUGAGUGUACUUGUUAAUUGCUAUAAUAAAUCACAGAGAAGAUAAUGAAGGAA